UAUUUCAGUUUUAAAAAUACAUUUUUCAGUUAAUGAAACCUAACUUGUUAUCCCCUUGGCACUACUUUUCAUUAUUAGUCAAAGCAGAGACAUCAAGUUAUCCCUCACUAUUUUCAUUUUGAAUCAAGUUUCAGGAGAUUAAAUCACCACACUGACACACUAGUGGGCAUUUGGAGCCAUAUUAAGAUGCAGCUUGUCUCUCCCACCCAUUUUAUUUCAAAUGGUCAAGUUCAGAAGAAUCCAUAGAGUUUAGGAAGCCCUUGCACCGGCAGGCAGCCUGAGGUCUGGCUGCUGCGGCUCAGCGCCUUCUCCGGUUGCUAGGGCAACCUCCGCCAGCGUCCCCGUCGUCAUGGCACCGCAGCACCGCUGCCCCUGAUUGGCUGAGGAGUCGGCCGGCGGAAGAAACGGUGUUGGCAUUGGUUCAGGUAGCGCCGGUUGGUGGCCGGAAAGAAGAUUUGAUUGAAUCGCCAACGGUGCUGCUGGCAGCCGUGCCCCCAAACUUUAGAGGACCAGGCGUGGGCUGGGGGAGAGAAUGACGGGACUCCGGUCCAGGGCAGCGUGACAGCAGCAGAAACAAUGAGAAAGACGACUUCGAGCUUGGCCUGAAGGAGGGGCCCUUCUCGGGCGCGGUGAGUGAGGCGGAAGCUGGCGUUCUUCUGCGGGCACGUGGUUUUGGGCGGGUCACCAGGGAGAUGCCCGCAGGUGCCCCUGGAGCAGCCCGGGGCCACGAAGUGAGCGUCACUCCGCAAGAGGACGGGCAGACGGUGCAGGCUGUCGGGAGGUGGGAGUCACUGUGAGCCUGUCUUAGCAGUUUACUUUGAAAGAAAUACGAUGUUAAUUCUGGGGCACUGAUGUUUUACAAUGCCUGAUCAAGACAAGAAAGUAAAGACCACAGAAAAAUCAACUGAGAAAAAACAACAAGGAACCACCACCAGGGACUAUUCGGAUCUUAAAAGACUUCGGUGCCUUUUGAACGUUCAGUCAAGCAAACAACAGCUUCCAGCCAUUCACUUCGAUAGCACUCAAAACAGCAUGAUGAAGUCUGAGCCCACCAUCAGGGGGGGUGCGCACAGAAUGCGAGGUCAGUGGCACGAGUCCACAGAAGCCGUUGAACUUGAAAAUUUUAGUAUAAACUACAAGAAUGAGAGAAAUUUCAGCAAACAUCCCCAGCAUAAACUGUUUGAGGAGAUUUUUAUAGCCUUGGUGAAGAAUAGACUCAUAUGCAGAGAAUGGGUUGACCGAGCCCCAUCUCUUCAUUUUCUGAGAGUUUUAAUUUGUCUGAGGCUGCUAAUGAGGGAUCCAUGUUACCAGGAAAUACUCCAUAGCUUGGGUGGGAUUGAAAACCUAGCUCAGUACAUGGAGAUCGUGGCCCAUGGGUACCUUGGCUACGGGGAGGCCCAGCACAGCGUGGACAAGCUGGUCAACAUGACAUAUAUUUUUCAAAAACUUGCUGCUGUGAAAGACCAAAGAGAAUGGGUCACCACAAGCGGAGCCCACAAGACAUUAGUAAAUCUGCUCAGUGCCCGAGAUACUAAUGUUCUGUUGGGUGCCCUUCUGGCUCUGGCUAGUUUAGCUGAAAGUCCAGAAUGUAGGGAGAAGAUAAGUGAACUCAACAUUGUAGAAAAUCUGCUGAUGAUUUUACAUGAAUAUGACUUGCUUUCCAAAAGGCUGACGGCAGAGCUGCUGCGCUUGUUGUGUGCCGAGCGCCAGGUGAAGGAGCAGGUGAAGCUGUACGAGGGGGUGCCCGUUCUCCUCAGCCUGCUCCACUCGGACCACCUGAAGCUGCUCUGGAGUGUUGUCUGGAUUCUGGUACAGGUUUGUGAGGACCCCGAGACCAGUGUGGAAAUUCGCAUCUGGGGAGGCAUCAAGCAGCUUCUUCAUAUUUUGCGAGGAGACCGAAAUUUCGUUUCUGAUCGUUCCUCCAUUGGAAGCCUGUCAAGCGCCAAUGCGGCUGGCCGGAUCCAGCAGCUUCAUUUGUCAGAAGAUCUAAGCCCUCGGGAAAUACAGGAAAAUACUUUCUCUCUUCAAGCAGCCUGCUGUGCAGCCCUCACUGAACUUGUGCUCAAUGACACCAAUGCCCAGCAGGUGGUUCAGGAAAAUGGUGUCUAUACAAUAGCAAAAUUAAUUUUACCAAACAAACAAAAGAAUGCAGCAAACACUCAUCUGUUACAGUGUUAUGCUUUCAGAGCCUUGAGGUUUCUCUUCAGUAUGGAAAGAAACAGACCACUCUUUAAAAGGCUUUUUCCCACCGACUUAUUUGAGAUCUUCAUUGAUAUAGGACAUUAUGUGCGUGACAUCAGUGCUUAUGAAGAAUUGGUAUCAAAGUUGAACGUGUUAGUGGAGGAUGAACUGAAGCAAAUCGCUGAAAAUAUUGAAAGCAUUAAUCAGAAUAAAGCUCCUUCGAAAUACAUAGGCAACUAUGCAAUUUUGGAUCACCUUGGAAGUGGAGCUUUUGGCUGUGUUUAUAAGGUUAGAAAGCUUAGUGGUCAAAAUCUUUUAGCAAUGAAAGAGGUCAAUUUACAUAACCCGGCCUUUGGAAAGGAUAAAAAAGAUCGAGACAGCAGUGUGAGGAAUAUUGUUUCUGAAUUAACCAUAAUUAAAGAACAGCUUUAUCAUCCCAAUAUUGUACGCUAUUACAAAACAUUUCUGGAAAAUGAUAGGUUGUAUAUAGUUAUGGAGCUUAUAGAAGGGGCCCCUCUUGGAGAGCAUUUCAGUUCUUUGAAGGAAAAACAACAUCAUUUCGCUGAAGAGAGACUAUGGAAAAUAUUUAUACAGCUGUGCCUAGCUCUUCGAUACUUACACAAGGAGAAGAGGAUUGUCCACAGAGACCUGACGCCAAACAACAUUAUGCUGGGGGAUAAGGACAGAGUGACAGUUACUGACUUUGGCCUGGCAAAGCAAAAACAAGAAAGCAGUAAACUCACAUCUGUUGUAGGAACAAUUCUGUAUUCCUGCCCCGAGGUGCUGAAGAGUGAGCCGUAUGGGGAGAAGGCUGAUGUCUGGGCUGCAGGCUGCAUCCUUUAUCAGAUGGCGACUCUGAAUCCUCCUUUCUACAGCACCAACAUGCUCUCCCUGGCCACAAAAAUAGUGGAGGCAGCGUAUGACCCAGUGCCUGAGGGCAUCUACUCUGAAAAGGUGACCACUACUAUCAGCAGAUGUCUCACUCCUGAUGCAGAAGCCCGCCCGGAUAUUGUAGAAGUCAGCUCCAUGAUAUCGGAUGUCAUGAUGAAGUAUUUAGACAACUUGUCCACAUCCCAGCUGGCCUUGGAGAGGAAGCUGGACCGGGAACGGAGGCGCACACAGAGGUAUUUCAUGGAAGCCAACCGGAACGCAGUCACGUGUCACCGCGAGCUGGCUAUGCUCCCUCAUGAAACCUUUGAAAAGGCAAGCUUGAGUAGCAGCAGCAGUGGAGCAGGCAGCCUGAAAAGUGAGCUUUCAGAAAGUGUGGAACUGCCCCCUGAGGCCUUCCAGGCCCCCUGUGUUAAAGAUGAAGACCAGGCCUGUGAUGGAAUCUUGUCAGAUGAUAACUUCAACCUGGAAAGUGUUGAGAAAGAUAUAUAUUCAGAGCUGGAUGAUGAAUUGGAUAUUUCGGAUAACUCCAGCAGCUCCAGUUCAAGCCCUUUGAAGGAAUCUACGUUCAGCACUUUAAAAAGAAGUUUUAGUGCUUCCGGAGGAGAAAGACAAUCCCAAAUAAGAGACUUCACUGGUGGAAUAGGAUCAAGACCGAGACCAGCUUUGCUGCCUCUUGACCUGCUUCUGAAAGUGCCACCCCUCAUGCUUAGGGCCGACGUUAAGGAGCUAGAGGCCAAGUUAGUGACGGGGUGGCAGUCCCAUAGCCUACCCGCUGUGAUCCUUCGCAACCUCAAAGACCAUGCAUCUGCAGGAAUUGCUGUGUCCCAGAGGAAAGUACGUCAGAUCAGUGAUCCUAUUCAGCAGAUCUUAAUCCAGCUGCAUAAAGUCAUCUACAUCACUCAGCUUCCUCCAGCUUUGCACCACAAUUUGAAAAGAAGGGUUAUAGAGAGAUUCAAGAAAUCCCUCUUCAGCCAGCAGAGUAACCCUUGCAAUUUGAAAUCUGAAAUUAAAAAGUUAUCUCAGGGAUCUCCAGAACCAAUUGAGCCCAACUUUUUCACAGCAGAUUACCAUUUAUUACAUCGUGCAUCAGGGGACCACAGCCUGUCCCCCAGUGACCCAACAGGUCUACCCUCCAGCUUUGAUUUGGAGGAGGGGAUAACAUAUGAACAGAUGCAGACUGUGAUUGAAGAAGUCCUAGAGGAAAGUGGUUAUUACAAUUUUACUUCUAACAGGUAUCACUCCUAUCCAUGGGGGACCAAGAAUCACCCAACCAAAAGAUGAAAGAGCUGGAUUUUGAAUGGACUUGAUUUUCCCAGUAAAGUUCAAGGUCUGGACUUCAGCCACCCCUGCAAGAUGCCCAUGGAUGGGGGGCUGCUGAAAGCGUGUUGAAGAGAAAAGACCAAUGUGCCACAGUUUCUGCAGGACCUGCUUCUGGGGGUCUGGUGCUAGAAGCCCCAACCUUGAGAUGCUUUAUAUAAGGGAUGACAGGGGUCUUGGUGUGCUCCUGGGAGAAAAUGCUGCAAAAUUCAUCUGUGAGGAGAAAACCGACUCCUCCCAGAACUUUCCUCCAAGUUCGAAACAGAACAAAACAUAUUUUUCAAGGGAAUAUUUUAUACUUAGGAUCGCUGAAACUGUGUUUAAAAGCACCUAGCCUUCCAUGUAUAAAAAAUAGUUUUAGAUAAAAGAAAAUUAUAGGACUCAGAACAGUAAUAUAUUGGGUGAUUGACUGUGUCCCUCAGUUGUUUUAAUCUUAAAGAAAUUCAGAAUAUGUAAUUGAAUUUUUUACAGUUUUUUUUUGUCUUAAUGAAAGGAUUGGUUUUCUCUUAACCACUUUGGGUGAUAGUGGUUUUGAACUGUGACACAGUGUAGACAGUAUUUUUAACCUUGCACAGCCUCUGGGAAUAACUGUCAAAUUGUCCUAUUUAAGUUAGACCAAUAGAAUGUACCCAUGUAUGUGUAUAUGUAUAUAUGUAUGGGGGAGGAGGGAGGUUUUGAUUAGACUGAUGCUUUGCUGCUAAUCAAACUAAUAGUGUUUAUAGAGCACUUUGAAGAGUCAUAGAAUCUAUGAAAAAGAUGCAAUAUUCCAUAUUCUAGUCCCUCCGACCUAAAAUUACCUUCAUUGCUUUUAAAUUUUUAUUGUUUGAGAAUUUGAAAUGAAAAUAAGCUAUAUAAUAAAAUAUAAAUUUCUUCUUUAUUCAUUGAGACGUCUCUAGAAAGGAGAACGCGGAAUGCCAAAACAGUGCCCCAUUCCUGUACAGGGAUGAUUUAUGAUGAAAAUUCUCUAGAUUCUUACUGGGCUGAAAUCUCUUCUACUGGCUUCUUUUAACUGGUGUCAUGUCAAGAAAUUAUUGCCAUAUCAGAUCUGUGCUUCCAACUACUUAAAGAGCAUUUUCAUUCUAUUUCAGAAUUAAUAAUGUGA